AUGCUGUCCACUCUCCCCAACGAGCUGCGAUUCCUCAUUAUUUCCUGCCUCCGUCGAAAUGGAUGCAGCCUAGCGAGUCUCGCCGCAACUUCGUGCAUUUGGAGAGAUCUGAUUGAACCCCAAAACUUCGCCCACAUCACCUUGACUCCUUGCCGCCUCCCUAGGUUUAAGCUCAUCGCUCCUUGCAAACGACAUUUUAUCCGGGCCAUAUGGUUCCGCAUAGACCUAGAAGAUACGAGGAUUGAUGUCCGGAGGAUUGAUGUCUGGGAAACCAACUUGGAGCUCAUUGAAUCAGCAUUCCGGAGUUUGUUCUCGACGCUCAGUCUGUGGGACCCGAGCGACGGAGACCUCGCCCUCGACUUGAGUGUCUUUUCGCCUUGGGACACAAAGCCCUGCUUUGCCCACAUACCUCUCAAGCCUGAUCUAACGGACACUCAAUGCGACCACGAUCAAGAGCUAGGCCUGCCAGCUGGGAUAGUACAUAAUUUGGCGCCGACUGCUUCGCAGCUCAAGCGAGCGUUUGACCAAGUUCCGGCUCCCUUUACCGGCGGGAUGCCAUUCCCAUCGGUCCCGUGGUACUCAUUUGAUCUCGUGUCCUUAUUUUCGCAAAUGCCUCGACUCGAGCAGGUCCAUUAUGAGCCAUGGAGGGCGUGGAGUGCUGAGCAGCAGUUGUCAAUGGAUGAAGACUAUACCGCCAUAACAUGCGAGCACUUUACACCUGCCUUGCGGCGCCUCAUAGUUUCAGAAAACUUCAGCGAAAACUACAUGGCUAUUAUGCAAGCCUCAUCUCCUCGCGAACACCGGUGUCAGCUCUUAACCCAAACCUUCGCCCGCCAAAGUCUCCAGCUUGAGAUGCUUUCGGUAUCGUUUAUGGUUGAGGCCAGCAAUUUUUUCGACGAGUGCAAACCGUCCUGGACAUGGCCGGAUCUGACCUCACUUACCUUGACUUCACAGCUGUUGACGCCGUCGGCUGACGCUAAUAGUUUAUUUCGGAAAGCAGCAGAGGUAGCGAUGCAGAUGCCGCACCUAAAAACCAUGGAGAUAUGGAACGGAAGAGCUGGACUAGCAGGGAUGUUCCAAUAUCGCCUAGAGCCUGGUCUCAUCGUUUGGAAGGGUACAUGGAACUUGAAACUCGAGGAGUAUGCCAUCCAAGCCUGGCAGGCUGUCGCGUCGUUGCAUGGUGUCGAGCUGCAUGUUAAGCAGGAGAUGCUUGACGAGACCAAGAUGACUUGUGUGGGUAGUGCUGUGCAUCAUCUCGGUCACUCCGAGCGAGUUUUUCGUCCUGUGUCUUUACGACAGGUUCGAAUUCAUGAAUUCGAAGAAGUGAAAGGGUUAUAG